AUGGUGGAGCAUAUUGGCCAAAUAUUAAUCGCAAAAGAACAAUAUUUUCAAGGAAUGAUAAAUGAACAUCAUUUGAAGGAAGUCCUAUUAAAAAUUCGGAAAAAUUACGAAACAUGCUCCAAUACACAUUUUUUUCCGAAUAACUUAUCACACAAGCUAGCUUUGUUUCUAAUUGCUGAGAAAUUUAAGUAUGCAUUACUAUUUGAAAAAAAUCUUGUUUCUAUAUUUGAUUCAGAAUGCACCAAACUCCAAAGAAAAAUGGACAACAUCAUAGAUAUGAUGAAUGUAAUGAACGAGAGGGAUUUAUACAGGUAUGAGAGUUAUAUAAGAAAUAAUUCAUCAACUAAUGGUUGGCUCGGAAGUAGUCCUCAUUCUAGGAGAGCUAAUUUUCCAAGAGAAGUGUCCAAAAUGCUAAGAAGAUGGCUAAAGGAGCAUCUUUCUAAUCCUUAUCCAACUAAAAUAGAAAAAAAAUACUUUCUAAAGAAACAGGACUAA